CUUGCUCAAUAAGAAAAUCCUAUUGGCCACAAAUUUUCAAUAUUUUACAGCAAAUUUUCAAUAUUUAUAGACAAUUUUCAGUGCUGUUUUUUGCCGCUGGAUAUCUGUGAUUUCCAGUCGUAAUUUCCAGUUGUGAAUUUGUGCUAUCCUUAUGGACUUGAAUGAUCUUAACAAAGUCUGGGAAAUCAAACCUCUAAAGAAGGUUCGUGAGGAUGAGGCGAGGGAAAUUCUCGAAAGAGUGGCAAAGCAAGUGCAACCUAUCAUGAGGAAGAGAAAAUGGAAAGUGAAGGUCCUGUCUGAGUUUUGCCCGCCUAAUCCAUCUCUUUUAGGGCUAAAUAUAGGAGGAGGGUCUGAGGUGAGGCUGAGACUGCGUAGACCAAACAACGAGUGGGAUUUUUUCCCUUAUGAUCACAUUCUCAACACAAUGCUGCAUGAGCUUUGUCACAACGAACAUGGCCCUCACAAUGCUGAUUUCUACAAUCUUUUGGAUGAAUUGAGAAAGGAAUGUGAAGAGCUUAUGGCCAAAGGCAUUACUGGAACUGGGCAAGGAUUUGAUCUCCCUGGGAAGAGACUGGGUGGAUAUUCUCGUCAACCUCCUCUAUCUUCUCUACGCCAGCAAGCUCUAGCGGCUGCUGAAAAGAGGUCUCGAAGUGAAGCUCUGUUACCCCAUGGGCCUAUGCGCCUUGGUGGUGAUAGUAGUAUUAAAGCCGUGCUAAGUCCAGUUCAAGCGGCUGCUAUGGCUGCAGAGAGGAGACUACACGACGAUUUAUGGUGUGGAUCCAAAUCACUAGAGCACGAGGGGCCUUCCGAAAGCCCAACUGGUUCAUUGGAUGUCAGAACUACCAGAACAUCAGUUCUUGAUUCAACAUCAGUCCAGGACCAGAAAGACGAAUCAUCAUGGCAGUGUGAGACAUGCACCUUGUUAAAUCAGCAAAGAGCUCUUAUAUGCGAAGCCUGUGGAACACCUAAGAGUAAAUGCAACGGAGCAACGAAGUUCAAAGUCUGGUCUUGCAAGUUUUGCACACUAGACAACAGCACCGAGAUUGAAAGAUGUGUGGCUUGUGGAGAAUGGAGAUACUCGUAUGGUCCUCCUACUGCCACUCCCGGGCCAUAUCAAGGUACCUGAACCUAUGAAUCGCGAUAAAUCAUUGAGACAAAAACAAUCUUGAUUUGCAAAUUGUGUGUGUACACACUCUGCCAAAUAUUAGUACUGCUAUUCGUGUAAAAUUCUAGCCGUGUAUGAAUAGUAUAAUGCACAAUUUAGUUGGGAAUUUGAAUUAACCAAAUACUGGCACUACUUUGUAGCAAGAUUAAGUUUCCAUACUGUAUAUGAUUACAUUUGUAAAAUUCUAUUUGUUGAGUACACUUAUUUAGAUAGUCA